GAUCAGUUUCUUGCUAAGCUAGCAGAUGCAGAAACACCUCUGUAUCCAAAUUGUGGUAACCACAGCAAGCUGUCGGCGAUAGUUUCACUCUUUCGGAUAAAGACACGGAGUGGUUGGUCUGAUAGAAGCUUCGAUCUUUUGCUUGAGACUUUGCCAUAGAUGCUACCCGAGGAGAAUGUCUUGCACACAUCCUUGUACGAAGUGAAAAGGUUCCUGAGAUCUUUUGAUAUGGGAUAUGAGAAGAUACACGCUUGUGUGAACGACUGUUGUCUGUUCAGAAAGGAGUUUGAGAAGCUUGACAACUGUCCGAAAUGCAAUGCUUCAAGAUGGAAGAUUAACAUGCGCACAGGUGAUGUGAAGAAAGGAAUUCCACAGAAAGUUCUCAGGUAUUUUUCGAUAAUUCCACGUCUGAAGAGGAUGUUCAGGUCAGAGGAAAUGGCGAAGGACUUAAGGUGGCAUUUUACUAACAAGAGCAGUGAUGGAAAAAGCAGACAUCCGGUAGACUCUGUUACUUGGGAUCAGAUGAAUGACAAAUACCCAUUAUUUGCCGCUGAGGAAAGGAAUCUUAGGCUUGGACUGUCCACUGAUGGGUUCAAUCCUUUCAACAUGAAGAAUGUGAACUACAGUGCUUGGCCGGUUUUGCUAGUGAAUUACAACAUGUCACCUGAAAAGUGUAUGAAGGAGGAGCACAUCAUGUUGUCAUUGCUGAUUCCUGGUCCAACCCAACCUGGAAAUAAUAUUGAUGUGUACCUAGAACCACUUAUAGAGGAUCUACAGCAUCUAUAUGAGGAAGGAGAGGUAACAUAUGAUGCAUUCAGUCACACCACUUUCACGUUAAGAGCAAUGCUUCUUUGGACAAUUCAGGAUUUUCCUGCGUAUGGAAAUCUUGCAGGGUGUAAAGUUAAGGGAAAAAUGGGAUGUCCUGUGUGUGGGAAACACACAGAUAGUAUGUGGCUGAGUAACUGCAGGAAGCACAUAUAUAUGUCCCAUCGAAAAGGUCUACCUCCGAGACAUGCUUAUCGAGGAAAGAAAUCAUGGUUUGAUGGUAAAGCUGAGCAUGGGAAUAAGGGUAGGAUUCUCAGUGGUCAGAACAUAAGCCAAAUACUCAGAAAUUACAAGAAUGAUUUCGGAAAUGUGAAACUAACUGGAAGGAAGAGGAAGAUUGAAGAGUCUGUUGGGUCUGAGUCCAAUACAGAAGACGAAUCCAGUGAAUCAGAGGAAGAGGAAGAAGUAGUGGAUGAGGAGGAGCUCUCUAGAUGGAAGAAGCGGUCAAUCUUUUUCAAUCUGCCUUAUUGGGAGGAUCUCCCGGUUAGGCACAAUUUAGACGUGAUGCACGUGGAAAGAAAUGUUGCUGCAAGCCUUGUUGCAACGUUGUUGCAUUGUGGAAAAUCAAAAGAUGGGCUUAACGCUAGAAAAGAUCUAGAACUGCUUGGCAUUAGGAAGGAUUUACAUCCUCAGCCCCGUGGGAAGAGAACUUACCUUCCUCCAGCUCCUUGGUCUUUGUCCAGCAAAGAGAAGAAAGUAUUCUGCAAGCGUCUUUGUCCAGCAAAGAGAAGGAUGAGGUAGUAAACCCUGAUGCCUACAUAUGGAGGCCUACUGUGGAGAAGACAGCUAUGGAGGAUUAUCACAACAGUUUUGUUGCAUGGCCAGCAAAUAGAGUUGUGUUUGACUCAGAAACACCUAAUUCUAAAGCAGGAAGCUCGAGAGCAGGAAGUUCUAUUGCCAGAAGUUCAAAAGCAGGGAGUUCAACUUGUAAGAAUCAAAAGUCUCCACUAAGUGCAACAGCUACUGCCAAACCUGCAACGACUGUCAUUGAUCAUCAGUCUACGAAUGAGGAUUCUCCUUCAACUCCACCAGCUCCUAUAAAGAAACCUGUAGCGCCUAUGAAACAUAAGUCACCUCUAAUUCCACCAUCUCCUCUUCGCAGAUCAGAGGUAGUUUCUGUCCUUGCAUUGCUUGAUUGGUUCUGGUUGUGAUCUUUGAAUAUUGGUUCUACUUUGUGGUUUGUGGUUGCAGCGUAAUAAAUUCAAGCCUAAUCAGAAAAUCAAGCUGCUGGACCUAUCCGGAAAUAACGUGGUGGUCGCUGAAGGACGUUGGUCAUCGAGUAAUCCUGAACAUCUUGUCCACUUUCAACCUUUGGGCCCUGGUGCAUGUCGAGUCUUUGUGGAUGUUGUGAAGAUUGUGGGAACCGAAAUUCGCACUGUCGAUUUUGAUUAAGUAAAACGGAGGAAAGCUAAGUAAACCUAACUUUCCCUGAAGGUGCGGAUUCUCUGCGACAACCAACGACAAGUGAUCAAAUAAAUGCGGAAAGGUUUUAUUGAGAUUUGGGACUGGACCUUAAGGAAGGCUGCCUACGUACCCCUUUCGAGGAUCAAGUCGGACGUAGUUCAGUUGGAAGGGUUUGAA